AAUGUUGAUGCCCAAGAAGGACCGUGUGGCCAUCUACGAGCUCCUCUUCAAGGAGGGAGUGAUGGUGGCCAAGAAGGACGUGCAUCUCGCCAAGCACCCCGAGCUGGCCGAGAAAAACGUGCCCAACCUGCACGUCAUGAAGGCCAUGCAGUCCCUGAAGUCGCGCGGCUUCGUGAAGGAGCAGUUUGCGUGGCGCCACUUCUACUGGUACCUGACCAACGAGGGCAUCCAGUACCUGCGCGACUUCCUGCACCUGCCGCCCGAGAUCGUCCCGGCCACGCUGCGCCGCCAGAUCCGGCCGGAGACGGCGCGACCACGGCCCAAGGGCCUGGGAGAUGACCGUCCCGCCCGUCUGGGCCGUGGGGAGGGCGACCGCGAUACCUACAGACGCGCUGGGCCCCCUGGUGCUGACAAGAAGGCUGAAGCUGGGGCUGGCGCCAAUUCGGACUUCCAGUUCAGAGGAGGCUUCGGCAGGGGGAGAGGAGGACCAGGUGGACCAGGUGGACCAGGAGGACCGCCACAGUGAUUGGUCCGGCGCACGCUCUUCACAGCACGUCGCGUUAAUAAAUGAUUCCCUUGUGAA